AUGGCCUCCCACCGCGCCGAUGCUAGCACGCUCCUUGACAACCGGGGUUACACCGGUCCUCUGGUGCGCGGCCUCAACCCGGCGAUGCUCUUCGAAAAAGCCGUCCGCGACCGAAUCACGGAGUCCUACUACUGGAAAGAGCAAUGCUUCGGUCUAAACGCCGCCACUCUCUGCGACCGCGCAACCGAGUUGACUUUCAUCGGUGGAACCUACGGUGUAUCCGAGAAGGCUUCGCCUUUCCUUUGCCUCGCCUUCAAGCUCCUCCAGAUCAAUCCAGACCGCGACAUCAUCUUGGAGUACCUGAACUUUAGCGAUCCUGAAAACGAGACGGACGGUGCAGACGAGGAUACGACGGCGGAAGAGCGUGCGCAAAACAGCGUUGUCAAGCACCGCGGCGACUUCAAGUACCUCCGAGCCCUUGCCGCAUUCUACGUACGGUUAACCUGGGAACCGGUCGAAAUAUACAAGACGCUAGAGCCGCUUCUUCUGGAUUACCGGAAAUUGAAGAGGAGGGUGCGCGACUCGUUUGUGUUGACGCACAUGGAUCAGUUUGUCGAUGAUCUGUUGACGAAGGAUCGUAUGUGCGGUACUAGUUUAUGGAAAUUGCCAUCCCGGCAGCAAUUGGAAGAUCUGGAUCUAUUGGAUGUGCGGGAAAGCCCUCUGCAAGAUGAGUUGGAUGAGAUGGACCGAAGCGAUGACGAAAGUGGGCACGCGAGUGAUGCUCGCUCUGAGGCGCGCUCCGAUGACGCACGCUCCGAUGCUCGUUCUGUUGAUGGUCGAUCUGAUGACUGA